AUGCCUAGUCCCAACGACCCUCCCCUCGACGAGAUCCAAUGGCGCUCCCCCGCCUCGAUAGCCCAGUUGGGCGCCCUCCACUCCAACACCAUCCUCUUCUACUUUGCCGAGUCGCCCUUCUUCGAGCGCACGUCCAACAACGCCGUCAUCAUGAGCCAGGCCAUGAGCAAUCCCGACAUGUACCACUUCAUCCAGACGCGCGAGGCCUUCGAGGGCCGCCUCAGGACCAUGACCGGCCUGGAGUUCAUGGUAGGCGAGGAGCCGGCCGAGACCGGUCCUGGCAUGGGCACGGGCGUCUGGGUCGUGCGAAAGCAGACCAGGAGGAGGGACGGCGAAGUAUCCAUCCAUGCCUCGUACUUUAUCGUCGGUGAGAACAUUUACAUGGCUCCCACCUUGGGUGAUAUCCUCGCAUCUAGGAUUAUGUCCAUAUCAAACUCCAUGUCAAAAGCCCUCCCCGAGGCAGAGAGCGUCCGUAAAUGGCAUCCAGAGCUAGGUCACGCCUACUACCUCCCCAACAGCCAGACCCGCAAACCCACGACGACGACGACGGCGGCGGCGGCGGCGGCAGACGAGCCCACCGCAACCAGCAAAGACGACACACCCAUGCCCGAUACCGGCAACAGCAACAGCAACAAGACUGCCGCCGCAGCUGCCGCCGCCGACCCCGCCAACGACGACGCCUCUCUGGAGAGAUCGGCGGAGGAGGCCUUCCUGGUCCACAUGCGCUUCGGGGGCGAGUACAUUGACGAGAACCCCAUCACCGGCAGGCCGGGAGAGUUCCACCUCUCGUCGACGGGUCGCAAGCCCGUGCCGCCGCCUCAGCUGGGAGUCCAGCAGGGCGGGAUAGGCGCCAUGAAUGGGCCGUCGGCCAUCAAUGCCAAGUCGUCGUCUGACGACGGCGGCGCCAGGAAGGACGGCGCGUCGGCGAGGGAAAAAUCAAAGUCUGGGUCCCAGCCCAAGCUGAAACGUCGCAAGAGCAAGCUCAGCAAGGGAUCCGCCGCUACCACACCUGCAGCUUCCUGA